GUACAAUCAUAUGGAUGGACUUUAAACAAGGACUACUCCCCCGUAGGUUUUUCCUAAUGAUUUAUAUAGCUAAAAUGUGUAACAGCGCGUAUGUAUAAUCGCUCGGCCCUGCCUUAAAGCAUCUUCAGCUACUGAGGGGAAAAAAAGAUGCCGCUGUAAAACUUUUCACAGUGCUAACGAGAGAAAGGGAGAGAAUUGAAGCGAUGGGUGAGGACGAUAAAACAGAGUGAAGAACUUUUCUUACGACCUUUAGUCGUCAAGGAGGAUCAGCAUGAUUACAUAGAUACCAUCUUUUAUUGGUUCAAGGAAAAGAGACAAAAGUUUUGGGCGAAGUAUGGCGCGAGAGACCGGAGAGUCUGGAGAAACGAAAAGUGCCAAAGUGAAAAAGCAUAAAAGAAGGAAAAGCAAAAAGGAGAGCAAAACCAGGACUGUACACGCCAACAUUUUGUAUGACCAUACCAAAGGAGUGGAUAACCCCAACAGACACUAUGCAAACAAUAAGAUCAAAACCACAAAAUACACUCUGCUUUCUUUCCUACCGAAGAACCUCUUCGAGCAAUUCCACCGAUUUGCCAACGUGUAUUUUGUUUUCAUAGCCUUAUUGAAUUUCGUGCCUGUGGUCAAUGCUUUUCAACCAGAGUUGGCUCUUGCCCCUGUGGUUUUUAUUUUGUCAGUUACCGCUAUUAAGGAUUUAUGGGAAGAUUACAGACGACACCGCUCGGAUAAAGAAAUAAAUCAUUUGGACUGUCUCGUUUACUGCAGGAGUGAGAAACGGUAUGUGGAGAAAUACUGGAAAGAGGUGCGGGUCGGAGACUUCAUUCGUCUGCGCUGCAACGAGAUUCUGCCAGCGGAUGUUCUGCUGGUCAGCAGCAGCGACCCGGACCGCCUGUGUCACAUUGAGACGGCCACACUGGACGGUGAAACCAACCUCAAGCAGAGGCAGGUGGUUCGCAGCUUUAUCGACCUGGACUGUGAGUUUGACCCAUUAAAAUACAACAGUGUUAUUGAAUGUGAGAAGCCCAACAAUGACCUCAACAGAUUUCGUGGAUACAUAAUCCAUCGCAGUGGGAAGAGAGACGGCCUGUACAAAGACAAUCUGCUGCUCAGGGGCUGCACCAUCCGCAACACAGAGGAGGCUGUAGGAAUAGUCAUCUAUGCAGGUCAUGAAACAAAAGCGAUGCUGAACAACAACGGCCCUCGUUAUAAACGCAGCAAACUGGAGCGGCAGAUGAAUGUAGAUGUGUUCUGGUGUGUCAUCAUCCUCCUGGUUAUGUGCCUCUUUUCCGCCAUUGGACAUGGCCUGUGGAUGUUCCAGUAUGGAGAUAAGAGGCCUGUCUUUGACGUCCUGAGCCCAGAAGGAACAGACUUAUCUCCAGUGGUCUCAGCCAUUUAUCUCUUCCUGACCAUGAUUAUAGUAUUGCAGGUGCUGAUCCCAAUCUCGCUCUUUGUUUCCAUUGAAAUAGUGAAGAUAUGCCAGGUGUACUUUAUCCAUCAGGACAUGGAGCUGUACGAUGAGGAAACAGACUCUCACCUCCAGUGCAGGGCUCUGAACAUCACAGAAGACCUUGGCCAGAUGCAGUACAUUUUCUCUGAUAAGACCGGCACGCUCACAGAAAACAAGAUGGUGUUUCGCCGUUGUACUGUGGCAGGAGUCGAGUACUCGCAUGAUGCCAAUGCGAGGAGGCUGGCUAUGUACCAGGAAAUGGAUUCAGAGGAGGAGGACUGCACAUCUCAUGGUGGAACUCUCCCACGGCGGGACAGCGUCACCAGCCACCAGAGUGGAAAAGUGGUGUUGCGAUCACAGAGCACCAAAUCUCACCGUCGCACCGGGAGCAGAGCCGAAGCCAAACGGGCCAGCAUUCUGUCCAAACACACUGCCUUCAGCAGUCCCAUGGAAAAGGACAUUACUCCAGAUCCCCAGCUCAUGGAUAAAGUCAAUGAGUGCAGCAGUCAGAUGGAGUUCAUACGUUUUCACAGUCAGUCCCUGAACCAGAUCCCCCCUGACCUGUGUGACGUCUUUGACUUUUUCAUUGCUCUCACUAUCUGCAACACUGUGGUUGUGUCCUCACCCAAUCAACCCCGGCAGAAGGUGCGUCGCUACGAGUUGAAGUCUCCAGUGAAGACCAUCGAGGACUUCAUCAAGCGCUUCACUCCGAGCCGCCUGACGUCUGGCUCCAACAACAGCAGCUCCUCCAGUCUGGCCACCAACCGCUCGUCCUCCCAUAAAGUGGGCUGCAGCAUGCUGUCCUCCCCCUCAGCCGAGAACACGCUCACAAAGCUGAAUGAGGAGAAGCGUCCGGAGCAUGACCUGCAGCAUGCCUUCAGCCCCGUCCCACCCAACUUUGAUAAAACAAAAGCUUUGGCUCAGGAUGAAUGCGAGCUCAGAUUUGAGGCAGAGUCACCAGACGAGGCAGCGCUGGUUUAUGCAGCCCGGGCCUAUAAGUGUGCUCUUGUCGGUCGUUUACCGGAUCAGGUGACCGUGGAGCUUCCACACUUGGGCAAGCUGAGCUUCGAGCUUCUGCACACACUGGGGUUUGACUCCACAAGAAAGAGGAUGUCAGUGGUGGUAAAACACCCUCUGACUGAGCAAAUCACCGUCUACACCAAGGGUGCCGAUUCAGUCAUCAUGGAUUUGAUCAGACCAGCCACAGAUGAUUGCAAAGGAAAGCGACAAAGGAAAAUCUUGUAUAAAACUCAAAACUACUUAAAUCUUUAUGCUGCAGACGGACUCAGAACACUCUGUAUCGCCAAAAAGGUUCUCAGUAAGGAGGAGUAUGCCAGUUGGCUACAAUGCCACCUGGAAGCCGAGACAGCCAUACAGAGGAGGGAGGAGCUGCUUUUUGAGUCUGCAUUACGACUAGAGACCAACCUCCAACUUCUGGGAGCAACAGGUAUUGAGGACAGACUUCAGGAUGGGGUUCCAGAGACCAUCGCCUCUCUGAGGAAAGCAGGUCUCCAGAUCUGGGUGCUGACAGGAGAUAAACAAGAGACUGCCAUCAACAUUGCCUAUGCCUGCAAACUGCUGGACCCAGAGGAGGAGCUAAUCACUCUUAAUGCUGACUCACAGGAGGCCUGUGCUGUAUUGCUUGAGAACAGUCUGCACUACAUCCAGGCCAAGUUCCUUUGCAACCCUCGACCAGAUCCUCAAGCAGCUAGAGACUAUGCUGGCAUCAACUUCUCUUCUCCGGUGUGUUCCCCGGCCUCCUCUGGCCACUCCAGCCCCUUCCUGGUGCACCGGCUAGGGCUGGUGAUCGAUGGUCGAACCUUGGCCUACGCACUGGACAAGAGUUUGGAGGACAAGUUCCUGGCCGUGGCUCGAAGUUGCCGGUCCGUUCUAUGCUGUCGCUCGACACCCCUGCAGAAGAGUAUGGUGGUCAAGUUAGUGCGUAACAAGCUCAAGGUCAUGACGCUGGCAAUAGGUGACGGAGCUAAUGAUGUUAGUAUGAUCCAAGUUGCUGAUGUAGGGGUGGGGAUCUCUGGACAGGAGGGCAUGCAGGCAGUAAUGGCCAGUGACUUUGCCCUGCCACGGUUUCGAUACCUGCAGAAGCUGCUCUUGGUUCAUGGCCAUUGGUGUUACUCUCGUCUCGCCAAUAUGAUCCUCUACUUCUUCUACAAAAAUGCUAUGUUCGUUGCCCUCAUCUUCUGGUAUCAGUUCUACUGUGGGUUCUCUGGGUCGGCCAUGGUUGAUCAGUGGUACCUGAUCUUCUUCAACCUGAUGUUCUCCGCAUUCCCUCAGCUCAUCACCGGCACCCUGGACAAAGAUGUGUCAGCAGAAACCUUGCAGGAGUUGCCGCAGCUCUACAUGAAUGGACAAAACUCAGAGGAAUAUAAACCCUACAUGUUCUGGAUGAACAUGAUUGAUGCCUUCUACCAAAGCCUCAUCUGUUUCUUCAUCCCUUACUUUGCUUACGUUGACUCUGAUGUGGAUUUGUUUACAUGGGGCACUCCCAUCACCACCUUGGCACUCUUCACCAUUUUGCUGCACUUAGGCAUAGAAACCAAAACCUGGACGUGGAUGAACUGGGUGUCGAUUGGCUUCAGUAUAGCUCUCUUCUUUACUGUGGCGCUGUGCUACAAUGCUUCCUGCCCAACCUGUUUCUCUCCCUCCAACACUUACUGGACCUUGCAGAGGCUGCUGGGAGAACCUAUAUUCUACCUGCUGUGUGUUGUCACACCUAUUGCCGCUCUUCUUCCCAGAUACUUUUAUAGAGCUUGUCAGGGAACUCUGUUCCCAAACCCUGUACACGUGGGAAGACAACUGGACAAACUGCCAAUGGACAUGCGCAGAAUCUUCCUGAGUCAGAGCCAGAUGAAGCUGGGCUCCCUCGGGUCACUGUUUCCCCCCCGCGCCCCAUUUUUCCCUCUCUGCAGGCCUUUUCAGAAAGACUACAGGCCCAGGGUAAAGCAAGCCCACAUGAGUAGCACCAAACAGAAGGAGAAAGCUAUAUCCAGCCCCAUCCCAUCAAAGAGCAUGGAGAUGCGGGACACACCUUUAAGCUCAAAAACCUCUGACAACCAUAUCACACUCAACUUCAGAAUGCAGGAAAAAGUUCAGUCUUGCAGACAGGGCUCAGACGGCCCUCUAUCUGAGAACUUACACUGCGUGAAGGAGCCUUCGAGUCCCGCUACAGGCACUCUGACCCGCACCAAAGACACUCCAGCCUCCAGGACUGUUUUGGACAGCACGGGCUUGGAGGCCCCACUGAGCCCGACAGACCUCUGUCCGGUCAGGUUGCUCACCUCCACUCCCUUGCUUCCUCAAACAGAGACUAUGCAGCUCACUACGCCACCCAGCUUUUUUUUGGGGCAAAAGCUGGAAGACGAGGACCAUUCAAACCAAAAGUCCCUUCUGAAACAGGCCAGGGAUGUGGAUCACAGCCAGUCAACUAGCUGCCUACAAGAACAUUCACUCAAAACAACAUUUCUAUGAUGCUUUUCAAAUUUGCACGUUAGCUUUAAGAAAUGUUAUUAUAUAUUCAAUAUUUUAUGAAGAUAUAGGUUGGUACUACAUAUAUAUAUAUUUUAGCUGUAUAAAGUUUAGAAUUUUUUGUUUGUUUGUUUUUGAGAGAGAGUGGCCAGCAUAUGCAAACUGGAUGGUCUUAUGAUUAAUGACUGACUUUUUAUUUUUGUUUUUAAAACCAUCUCAGAAGUGGAGGAGGUUUGUAUCUCGAAGCAGAGGCAGUCCAGAGACAUUCCUCUAUCUGUUUAUUUGAACCUGGAUGUUCUGGCGCACUUUAAAGACCUUCCUGUCUUACCAUUAGACACUGCUGAUAGCACUACAUUCGUAUUUCCCCAUCCCAGAACCAAAAAAUCAUGGUACCCUUCAAUGUCAGUAGCUACAAGAAUUUCGGUAACUCUUUACGAAAAGUGUACAUGAGAAGUCCUGAUCGAAUGAAGGCAUGAUCUGAUCAAGAACUAAUAAUGUGCGACAGGAGUCACUAAAAACAGCUUUAACAUCAUGUUAGUACAUAUUUGUUGUAGUAUGUUCUAACACCUAACACUCAACUAAAUCAUAUGAUUUCUAUUACAAAGAAUGUGAAGUGGCAAAACCUGCUCUGACUUUAAUUAAAGAUGCAUGAUUUUAAUGCCUGAAUAACAUUUGCUUCACGUUCACAUCUGCUGUUUCAUUAAGAACAUUAUUGGAUAAUCACAAGUUAUCAUUUAAAUGAAUAAUCCCAUUUAAAAUCUAAUUAAGUUUUUUUUUUUUUUUUUUGCUACUUUGAAUUCUUUGUCAUACAGCCCAUCUAAUGUGUUAACUAUCAAACAUGUAGUUAAAGUGGCCAUUAUUCACAUGACUCCCUCUGAUUCCUGACAUAUCUCAUGCAAGCGCUUAAUUAGUUCUUGAUUAGUCUGUGAGUUCAUUCACCAUUAGUUCAACUAUUUGUUCAAGUAUUAGUACAUGAUUUAUAUAUGCGCUAUUUAUAAAGUGUUAGUGGAAUUCCUUGAAUAUUCCUUUAAGUGUUGUGUUUGUGUUGUUAGAUCCCCUGACGACUUUAAUUAGUGCUGAGCAAGAGAUGCACUCUACACUUGUUGAUGCUGUCCAAAGGACUAUGCAUUCCAUUAUUGAAGCUCUUAGACAUCUACCAGACGUUAAAAUGUCAGUAUCUCACACCAACAUCACACUAGACUUACUAGAGUCAAAUAUUAUCAUGUAAAAUGGAACUGUGCUCUGGCGCAGUUGAGCUUUUCACGCAUAUACAGAUGGUGCUUAUGGCAGGUUCCAGCUCAAGUAUUUGUUCGUCUUUUUCUUGACUUUUUGCUGCUGCUUUUGUUUCGAAACACAUUCCUGCAGGAUAGGAUUUCACUUGUGCUGUUUUAUAUGUAGUUCUAUUCAUUCAGUCAUAGUGCAGAGUGCUUUAGGAAAUGGAGUCCGAUGCAUCAAGCUAAUUUGACAGUUAAGGAUGCUGGGAGGUGGCCUGAUUAAGUACAUGUGCGAACAGAAAGGCCACUUUACGAUGUUUGUUUUAGGACUUUUUACGACCUGAUCUGUUGAGAGAUAUAUAUAUGCAUCUUCUGCUAUUUGCUAUGAUUGUAUUUUUCUGCUGUUUACUCUAUACAUGAUCCUUGACCAAAGAUGCAAGAAGCACAUGACCGCUGGAGCAUUUGUACUGUAACUGCUUGCUCAGGCUGAUCACUUUAUUAAUUAGCAAUUUAAUUGGCUCAGGGCGGGCUACUCCGUUAUUAAAGGGAUAUUUCAGCCAAAGUGACAGAUUUUUUUUUCUUUCUCUUUUCUUCUUCAUUGUUUACUCACUCUUGUGUCAUUCCAAACCUGUUUGAAUUUCUUCUGUUUAACACACAACUUUUUAUUUUUUUUCCCAUGCAGUGAAAUGCAAUUUGGACCCCAUUGAGUUUCACUGCAUGGACAAAACAAUUUUUUUUUUUUUUUUUUUUUUUGGUAUUCCUCAGAAGAAAGUAAGUCAUAUUGGUUUGGAACGUCAUUGAGGGUGAGUACAUGAUGACAGAAAUGUCAUUUUUGGCUGAACUCUCUCUUUUUAAGUGUCUUUGUGCCCUCACAGUUCAAGUUGCUAUUCCCAAAUCGAAUUUAGUUUUUUCAUGACAGAAACCAUGUAUUGUAUGCAUUAGUGUCUCGCUCGCCCUCAGGAACACAAGUAUACAUUCAUGAACACAUUCCAUUUUGAUCGGUCUGUUCUAAGGGAAUUAAUGGACUAGUCCAUGACUUUGUGACUUCUCAUUGUUUUAAAGCUGUUAUAUGUGUAAUGAACGGUUCUGACGAGCACAUGGGUGGUUAUUCAUUUGUUCCGCAAGAGAAUAUUCCACGAUUCCGCAAAUGUCAGGGGUGUGGCGUAUUAUAGAGUCCCCUAGAGAGAUGCUAAAAUAGUUUUUAUGAGAUGAUUUGUCAUGCUGUGCUCACAUAACCUCAAGGCCUCGCCAAUCUGUUCAUUCGGGAUCUCAUUUGGGCAGUCGCUAUCAAAACCGCUGAUUUAUGAACAGCCUACCAGGAGGAUUAUGAGAUCUAUUGUGCUCAUUACACAACGAAUGGUGUGAACAGAAUGUGCUCACACCAAAAAAACAGGGUGGUACAUUAGAAAGCAUCUUGAUUGUAGUUUCCUGUCAUUCAUAAACGCAAAAACUCAUGUUUUUUUGAGGUGUAUCUAGAGGGCGAUGCAGUAUUAAGCUGGGUGUGAGUGGAGGAAUAAAUGACUGAUUCUCUCUCUGUAUGUGUCUGGAUACUACAGUAAAACCCUAAAGAAGCUAAUAUGAAGCACACAAGUACUUUGUCCCUUCCGUUUUUCUUCUGCACAGCUCAGGUUCAGCGUUCGCCGCUAUGAGCAAUAUUUUCGUCUCGUUGAAAGUGUCUUGUUUAUAGCAUCCAAAAUUAUUUUAUUUUCGUAGUUUGAUAAAGGCAACGUUUUUAUGUGCUGAAGUGCUUUAGUAUAUGCAAGAAAACCGUUUUAUACAAUGUGGAAUAUAUGUUAUGUGCCUUAACACUGGAGAACGCUUAUGUAGACGGCAAUACAUACAGUGAAUUUUAUAUACGUGCAGUAUAUGUAAAAGGUAUUUUGAGUUAUAUUAAUAAAUGAGGUUUAAUAAAACAAAAUCCUUUUGGUUUUUAACAAAUUGAAGAGAUUAUGCUGUAUUUUUUUUGUUGAUUUAGAUUGGAAUGUGCCAGUACUUUGAUCCCAGGUUUCAGAUCUGUCAAGUUCUUGGCCGAGCAUCACAUGCUGUAAUAAAAUCCAUUCACAGCUGCAUUCCAGAGCCUUUCCUUAACUUCAGGGCAGAUCACCAGCAGGAAUGCCGUCCUUCAGAGUUUGUCAUAGCACACAUGUAAGCGUUGGGUGGACUUUUUGAUACCCAGCAUGACUUUUAUCACUGUCACUGCCAUGACUGUUUCUGGUUCAUUGUACUGUAAUUGGUGUUUGUUAUAGUCACUCAAAGGUUCAGUUUGUUCUCACUGUAGACUGCCCUUCAUGAAAACACCCGUUUCAAGUGGUUCUCUGACAUUUUGGAGGGGUUUGUUCAAUUGUUCUGUGUUUGUUUCUUGACACAGAACAACUCUUUGUGUCAUAAAACUGAAAUAAAUGGUAAGAAAAUGUUUCUUGUGCGCU